GUUAUUUCCUAAGUACAACCCAUUCCCGACCCCUCAUUAAUCCGUCUCCUUCUCAUUUCCUUGGCUAACAUGGAUAGCGAUUACGACACACCGAUGGACAUUGAAUCAAUCCCGGCAUCUGCUAAAGGCAAGGGAAAGGCUCUUGAUAUUGACGUUCCACCUCCUUUGGAUAAAGAGCAUCUACCAUGGGUUGAGAAAUACCGCCCGGCUACCUUGGAAGAUGUGGUUUCGCACAAAGAUAUCAUAAGCACAAUCGAAAAAUUCAUUGAGAAGAACAGGUUGCCUCAUCUCUUGUUCUAUGGCCCUCCUGGAACCGGAAAGACGUCGACAAUACUUGCUGUUGCUCGGAGAAUAUAUGGACCAGAUUAUAGGAAACAAAUCCUUGAGCUGAAUGCUUCAGACGACCGAGGUAUUGACGUCGUGCGAGAGCAAAUAAAACAGUUCGCAGAAACUCGGACUCUCUUCUCGAAGGGAUUCAAACUCAUCGUUCUCGACGAAGCAGACAUGAUGACCCAAGCCGCUCAAGCAGCUCUCCGACGGGUCAUCGAACAGUACACCAAGAACGUCAGAUUCUGUAUUAUAUGCAACUAUGUCAACAAGAUUACACCUGCCAUUCAAAGUCGAUGCACACGCUUCAGGUUCUCUCCACUCCCAAUUACUGAAGUGAAAAGACGAUUAGAUACAGUCAUAGAGGCUGAGAAGGUAAACUUGUCUGAAGACGGCAAGCAGGCACUGCUCAAACUGUCGAAGGGCGACAUGCGACGUGCUUUGAACGUUCUCCAGGCAUGCCAUGCCGCUUAUGAUCUCACGACCGAAACGGAAAUCUACAAUUGUACCGGGAAUCCUCAUCCAUCAGACAUCGAGAAGAUCGUUCAGUACAUGCUCAAUCAUGAUUUCACCACUGCGUACCAACUUAUCUCCACCAUGAAAAUAGAACGGGGUCUAGCAUUACAAGACCUUCUGACUGGGGCGUAUGAGUACAUAGAAACUAUAGAGUUGAAACCUCACGCCCGGGUAUAUCUUUUAGACCAUCUCGCGACAACAGAGCACCGAUUAUCGACUGGUGGUAAUGAAAAGAUUCAACUUAGCGCUUUAUUGGGUGCCUUCAAGAAUGCAGUCGAACUCACGUCCCGGUCGGCGUAAUGCUUCCCCACUUGGUUCCCAGCUGUCGUCCCUAUGUUGUCUACGUGUUGUACUGCCUCAUCUAAAAAACACCAUGUUACCUUUCAAAAGCUGAUCGAUGACAACGGCGAAAAUAUAUCGUUGGAUCCAUUCUGCACGGUGUAAUCUUGAGUCCGAUUCCUCGCCCUAUGUAAACCCGGGAGCAAGCAAAUCCCACAUCCCAGAAUUGGCAAGAUCUUGGACUCGUUCGGCUCAGAUGCGAUAUCCUUGCUGCUCCAUGGUAAACCACGACUUAUUCGCAC